AUGCUCUCACGUGUUGUUGCAGUCAUGGCACCCCGCACACACAACUGUCGCCGCGUGACCGGAUCCAGCGGAAGGAGGAGGGAAGGAAAGAAGAGUGAGCCGCAGAGGCCCAACAUGUCCCGGCGUGUGUUUGCUUCUGUUGUGCUUUUCAUUGUGAUGAUGUGCUGCAGCAGUGAAGCCACUUACGGCAAGGAGGGCAAUUCAAGGAAUGGAAUCAUCUUUGAAGGAGGGAAUUCGUUUAAUGAUCCAGAGACUGAAAAUUUGGUACAGGCGUUUGACUCGUUCCGUGCACCUUCUCUUGCUUACGUCAAUGGUGUCGUUGUGGCCACCGUUGAAGCGCACUACACAAACUCCACGGAUAACAAAUCGUGUGUCAGUCUUGCUGCAAGGUCGAUGGAAAGCAAUGGAGGGGAGUGGACAAAUGGAACUGCCAUCGUGUUUGAUCAUUACGACGUGAAAAUUGACCGCCUGUUGAGUCCAACAACCUUUGUGGAUGAAAGAGAUGGUGCAACAAAUGCUCUUGUCGGGGGUUAUGGCACGUCAACGACUCCAUUGAAGGAGGUGACUGGUGAUGGUAAAUAUUGGGUGCCCAGGAUAGCGGCUGGUAGUUUGAUUCCGUAUGACGAUGACGAUGAGAAAAAGAAGGAGUUUAAGUGGAACAAGGUUGCAAGCACGUCAGGAGUUCCACAUGACCUUUGGGAGAGUGAACGCACAAACCCCAAACGCUUCAAACAAUUUCUGGGUGGUGGUGGCGCAGGCAUUAGGAUGGAGGAUGAUGAUCGCUACGUGCUGCCUAUUCAAGCCUUGAAGGAUGAUGGAAAGGUUGUUUCGUUGGUUAUCCUCGCCAAAAAAACUUCUUAUGGCUGGGAGUUUUCAAAUGGUACGAGCCAUGAGGGAUGCAUCCAGCCUGCGGUUCUUGAAUGGAAGGAAAAAGAGCUUAUAAUGAUGACGUCGUGUGAUGACGGCAGCCGCAGGGUUUACAGGUCAAGCACCAUGGGGAAUUUGUGGACGGAGGAAUACGACACUCUUUCACGCGUGUGGGGCAACUCACGUACACGUGUGGGGCACGGCGCGCAGGGUGGCUUCGUCAGCGCGAUGAUCGAUGGACAGAAAGUCAUCCUCGUCAGUCGGCCGGUAUAUUCUGAGAAGGAUAAAAAAGAAACGGGCCGACUUCACUUGUGGCUGACGGACAUGCAGCGAAUUUAUGAUGUCGGGCCGAUAUCCGCUGUGGGUGAGAACGUCUCCGCCAGCACUCUGCUGUACGCCACGGUCGAAGCGCAGCCAUUGAAAGAGGAAGAACCGAAGGAAGAGAAGAAACUGUACUGCUCGUACGAGGUCGCUGCUGCAGAGGACGGUAAGUACAACAUUGCUUUUGUGGACUUGACGGAGAAGUUGGAGGACAUGAGGAAGGUGUUGGCUGCAUGGAAGGAAAAGGACGCGCAAAUUGCGAAGGAGUACCGCUGCGGGAAUGAAAAGAAUAAUUGGCGCAGUGGCUGUGAUGCUCGUGAACUCACCAAGGGGCUGGUUGGCCUCUUAUCCAACAAGUCAACUAAGAACACAUGGAGUGACGAGUACCUCUGCGUGAAUGCAACCGUUCACGGGGAAGUGGAAAGUACUCCUGAUGGUGGAUUGACGUUCAAAGGACCCGGAGCAGGGGCGGUGUGGCCUGUUGGCGACAUGGGGCAGACUGUGCCGUACCACUUUGCGAACGACAAGUUUACUCUUGUGGCGACGGUGUCCAUCGAUAAGGCUCCGGAGACAGGCAGCAGCUCCAUCCCUUUGAUGGGUGUGAGGAUGAACGAUGCACAAGGCACGGUGCUUUUUGGUCUGUCGUACACCCACGAAAAGAAGUGGAGGAUAAUCUUCAACGGCAGUUUCCGGGAGCCGGCGCAUUAUGAGAAUGUCGAAUGGGAAGCAAACAAGAAAUACCAUGUGGCACUGCAAAUGGAUUGUGAUGAUGGGUUGUUUGUGUACGUGAAUGGAAAGAGGAUAUACGACCGCGAAUACGAUUAUGAAGAUGAGGAUUACGAGGGCUAUAAGAGCUUUUCUCACAAGUUACGAAAACUGUUGAGCUCCCACAGCAUCUCGCACUUUUACAUUGGCGGGGACAACAAGAGCAACUCGGGCAACAUUCAUGUGACGGUGAGCAACGUCCUGCUGUACAACCGCUUAUUGCAAGAUGAUGAGCUCAACCCACUAAUGAAGACGAAGGCAGUCGCUGCUUCAGAGGCGGAGGUGUCGGCCCCGGAAGGUGCGCCUCAAAACAGUCAUUUGGGACAAGCUUCUGAAAAAGACACCACACCAUCACCACAAAAUCAAGGAUUAUCACCGGAAAAAUCAAAAAAUGAAAAGUAUUCAGCAGGUUCCGGGCAGACAACUUCUGCUGAUUUCACUGGCUUGUACACCUCAGCCGCCGAGGGGGAAGUGGAAGAAGUGGCAUCCAGCAGUGUUGGCUCGGCGUCCUCAUUGACUCCAACAGCGGGAGAAGGCAGUCCUCAAAAAGCACCUGAAACCGAUUUCCCUGCCACUGAGGAUCACUUUGAACGUGAACAGGAGCACUCGUCUCUCAGCGUGGUUCGGCCGAUGACGGAGCAGGCUGAAGAGGCGGUUGUCGCCACUCCGCAGAGGAAAACCACUGAAGAUCGGCCGCAGCACAGCACUCUAUCUGAUGCUUCAGAGGACAUGGAAGAGUCGUCGUCCCAUUCCGCCACGCUCACCAGCGACGAACAAACCGUUGAACCCGAGGAGAGGAAGGACACAAAUCCCCACACUGCCGUGGGUGCGAGCAGCGGCCCCGACUCAUCCCACAGCACUGAGGUGGCGUCCGUGGACGGUGCCACAGCCGCCCAUGAGCCCAGCACAGACCCGGCAACUGCUCAAGGCCAUGAUGAAGUGUUGGAUGGUGGUGAUGCCGCAAAGGAUUAUUUGCGCACAAUGCCUGGGGAAACCAAGAUCCCAUCGGAGUCCAACGCCACACCGCUCUCGGACCAUGACAUUUUGCUUGAGCACGGGCAUUUGAGCGAUUUGGCGUCCAUGGCUCUAAUUGGUGACAGCAGCGUGCAUGGGUGUGUGUCCCGGGUGUUGUUGCUGCUGCUUCUGGGGCUGUGGGGCACCGCGGCUCUCUGCUGA